UUAGCAUGGUGCAAUCCUUACAAUUUGACUUUGAUACAAUAAGAGCUGCCACGUCCGACUUCUCUGAUUUGAACAAGUUUGGAACAGGUGGAUUCGGUCCCGUGUACAAGGGUAAGCUUUUGAAUGGAGAAGAAGUUGCUGUGAAGAGGCUUUCGAGAGAUUCUGGACAAGGUGAACUAGAAUUUAAGAAUGAGGUGGUGUUAGUGGCCCAGUUGCAGCACAGGAAUCUUGUACGGCUCCUUGGCUUCAGCAUACAAGGGGAAGAAAAGCUUCUGAUCUACGAAUUCUUGCCAAAUACAAGCCUCGAUCACUUCAUAUUUGAUCCAAUCAAACGUGCACAAUUGGACUGGGAAAUGCGUCGCAAAAUUAUAAGAGGGAUUGCUCGAGGGCUUCUCUAUCUUCAUGAAGAUUCUCAACUUAGGAUUAUACAUCGAGAUCUCAAAGCAAGCAAUGUUUUGUUAGAUAUGGAGAUGAACCCAAAAAUUUCAGAUUUUGGCAUGGCAAGGCUUUUUGUAGUCGACCAAGCUCAGAAUACCAACAGGAUUGUCGGAACAUAUGGAUAUAUGGCUCUAGAGUAUGCAAGGCAUGGGUUCUUCUCAGUCAAGUCAGAUGUCUUUAGUUUUGGGGUCUUGCUUUUAGAAAUUGUGAGCGGUCGGAAGAACAACAACUUUUAUCAAUUGGAGCACCAUGAGGACCUUCUUAGCUAUACAUGGAGAAAUUGGAAGGAAGACAGGGCUGUGGAGUUGAUAGAUACAAGUUUGAGAGAAAAUUGUUCGAUGAGUGAAGUGACCCGAUGCAUUCAUAUUGGACUGCUAUGCGUUCAAGAAAAUGUUGCUGACAGACCCACCAUGGCAUCAGUUGAUCUCAUGUUCAAUAGCUCAUCCAUCAUUCCCCCAAUACCAUCAUCACCACCUGCCUUUUAUGUUUAUAACAGAGGGGAGGAAGACAAUUCUAUCUCAGAGAAUGAUUCACGGGUAAUAGAGCUAGUUCCAUCAACCAAUGGCGCAUCUAUUACUGAGUUGUACCCUCGACAAUCAAUAUUGAGAAACUUUUAUACUUUGAUUAUCUGGAAUAAGAAGAUCAUUGCCUGUACCCAAACAAAGAAUAAAACAGUGAAUGAAACAGAAACAGAGUAUGCUCAGGAGCCUUCUCCUUGGCAGCAUCAAUACACAGAUGAUACAUAUCUAUGCAAAUCAGAGAGAAAUUGUAGCAGCAGCAGCAGCCACCAAGCGAUGGAAUAUUACAGUACAGGAUUGCUGUUCCUUCUUUCUUCCGUUCUCCUCUGGUCUUUGAGCCAAAGCAUUGCACAACCAAUCUUUGUUACAAACUCCUGCGACUCGACGGUUAGUUACACUAUUGGCAGCACAUACCAAGCCAACCUCCAAAUUCUAUUCUCUACUCUAUCCGUUAAUGCUAACAACAGUAACAGUAACGGAUUUAAGAGUACAGCAAUUGGUCAGAAUUCCGAUAUGGUCUAUGGUCUCUUUAUGUGCAGAGGCGAUAUUACCACAGAAGAAUGUUGUGUGUGCGUUAAGUUUGCCUGGGGAAAUAUCACGCAAGAUUGUCCAUAUGAAAAAGCCGCAAUUAUAUGGUAUGAUUUGUGCAUGUUACGCUACUCAAACGAGAACAUCUUCUCAACCCUCCAAUAUUAUCCGUCAUGGUAUCAGUCGAAUGUCAAUAAGGCGUCCAACUCAAUUCAAUCUAUAUCGACUUUGGUAGAUACAAUGAAUGGUCUUGCGAAACAGGCUGCCUAUAACUCUUCUCCGCGCAAGUAUGCAGCUCAGGCUCCAUAUAUUACAGGCAGCUCUGUGCCGAUAUAUGUUCUAGAGCAGUGUACUGAUGAUCUAACUCAGGCUGAUUGUUAUGAUUGCCUACGUGAUGCUACGGUCUUUGUCCAAAAUUCUAGCGUUGCUUCACAGAAAGGUGGGAAAGUUCUCACGCCGAGCUGUAAUUUGAGGUUUGAGUACUACUCUUUCUUUGAAUCAUCAACUGCUGCUCCACCAGCUCCAACACCUCUUGCAAAUCCACCAGCUCCAACACCUCCUGCAAAUCCAUCAGGGAAAGGAAAAAUUUCAUCAACUAUUAUCAUUAUUUCUGUCGUCCUGCCAAUAGCAGCAGUUAUUCUUGUUUCUGUCCUAUAUAAACAUUUUUUUAUGAGGAGGAAGCCAAAGAGUGAAAUUGAUGGUUUGGCUGAGAUUAGCUUGGUGCAAUCCUUACAAUUCGAUUUUGAUACAAUAAGAGCUGCCACAGCCAAUUUCUCUGAUUUGAACAAGCUUGGAACGGGUGGAUUCGGUCCCGUCUACAAGGGUAAGCUUUUGAAUGGAGAAGAAGUUGCUGUGAAGAGGCUUUCUAGAAAUUCUGGACAAGGUGAACUAGAAUUUAAGAAUGAGGUGGUGUUAUUGGCCAAGUUGCAGCAUAGGAAUCUUGUUCGGCUCCUCGGCUUCAGUUUACAAGGAGAAGAAAAGCUCCUAAUCUAUGAAUUCUUACCAAAUACAAGCCUCGAUCACUUCAUAUUUGAUCCAAUCGAACGUGCACAAUUGGAUUGGGAAAUACGUCACAAAAUUAUUAAAGGGAUUGCUCGAGGGCUUCUCUAUCUUCAUGAAGAUUCUCGACUUAGGAUUAUACAUCGAGAUCUCAAAGCAGGCAAUGUUUUGUUAGAUAAGGAGAUGAACCCAAAAAUUUCAGAUUUUGGCAUGGCAAGGCUUUUUGUAGUCGACCAAGCUCAGAAUACCAACAGGGUUGUCGGAACAUAUGGAUAUAUGGCUCCAGAGUAUGCAAGGCAUGGGUUCUUCUCAGUCAAGUCAGAUGUCUUUAGUUUUGGUGUUUUACUUUUAGAAAUUAUGAGCGGUCGGAAGAACAACAGCUUUUAUCAAUUGGAGCACAAUGAGGACCUUCUUAGCUAUGUAAGUUCAUACUUUAGAUCUAAUAUACUUUCUUUUAUAAGCAACUACCACUACUACUAUUGCUAG